UUUACGUUCUGUUCCCAGAGAAUGAUUGCUCGUAGGAGUAGCCUGAACAGGGUUUACAGUCGUAGUACUAAGUAAACGGAGAAUGUAAUUGUUCCUCCCAGUCUGCAGGUGGCAGUGUUUCCCCGUAUAGUUGCCAGAAGGCGCGUCACGACCCCAUAGAGCCGGCGAACUCUUUACCCGGAAGAGCGGCUGGCGCAGGCACAUUUGCCCAGACAACCAAUGUCAAGAGAAGACAAGGAAGAGCAGGAGGAUGAACUGCUAGCACUCGCUAGUAUAUACUCAGAAGAUGAAUUCAAGAGAUCAGAGACUGCACCAGGAGGGGAAAUUUGUGUUUGUCUGGAUCUUCCUCCAAACUUUAAUGUCGCCAUAAAAAGUGACAGUGCAUCUAAUGAAUACACGGAAAGCUUUGAGGGUAUUGUCUCUUUCCUACCUCCUAUCAUAUUGAACUUUGAGCUGCCUCCAGGAUACCCAUCCACUAAACCUCCAGCCUUCACACUUAGCUGCAAGUGGCUUUCUCCAAGCCAGCUUGCCCAGCUAUGUCAGCAUUUGGAUGACCUAUGGGAGGAAUACGCAGGAGGUGUGGUUUUAUUUGCUUGGAUGCAGUUUCUCAAGGAAGGGACUCUGGAGUACUUAAACAUUAAUUCACCGUAUGAAAUACAAGUUUGUGGGUUUGGAUCUCGUAGUAGAAAGAAUAACUCUGAGAUAUCUGAUACCUGUAGUGCCACAGGCCCAGCACAAGCAGAAAUUUGGGACAAUCGGGCUAUCCAGGAUGUGGAAUCUGUCGCUGCCCUUAUCAAGUGCAUCUUGGACUUUAAUGAGGCUCAGCAGAAGAAGUGCUUUGAUAGUAAAACAUAUAUGUGCAACAUUUGCUUCUCAGAAAAGCUGGGCAGCGAGUGCACUCACUUUAAGGAUUGUCAGCAUGUCUACUGCAACGCCUGCCUUCAGAAUUAUUUUAUAAUUCAGAUACGGGAUGGGCAGGUCCAUGCUCUUAACUGUCCUGAGCCAAAGUGUUCCUCUGUUGCUACACCUGCACAGGUGAAAGUGCUGGUUGGGGAAGAAUUGUUCAGCCGCUAUGACCGUCUUCUACUGCAGUCCAGUCUGGAUUUGAUGGCAGAUGUGGUGUACUGUCCACGGCCCAGCUGCCAAACUCCAGUCAUGCUGGAGCCUGGGGGCACAAUGGGGAUUUGUUCCAGCUGCAAUUAUGCUUUCUGUACCCUCUGCAAAAUGACCUACCAUGGAGUCUCAGCUUGUAAAUUAUCAGCAGAAAAGCUUAUGGCUCUGCGUAAUGAAUACCUAGAGGCGGAUGAGGCUGGAAAGCAGUUCAUGGAGAAGCGCUAUGGCAAGAGAAUGAUACAAAAAGCAUUGGAGGAGAUGGAAUCUAAGGAAUGGCUGGAGGAGAACGCCAAGAGCUGCCCACGCUGUGGAACCAACAUCCAGAAAUCGGAAGGGUGUAACAAGAUGACUUGUACCGGAUGCAAACAAUACUUCUGUUGGCUGUGCAUGGGCGUGCUGUCCAGAACAAACCCGUACAGCCACUACAACGACUCUUCAACGGCUUGCUUCAACCAAUUGUUCCUUGGCAUGGAGGUGGACGGCAUACCAGUGAUUCUAGAUGAACAACUCUGACCAUUAGAGCGCAGGAAAUCUUGGCAAAGAUAUACAGUAAUAGCAGCGACACUUGCACCUUUAUCAUGUGCAUGUGUUUUCCUUUCCCAGAAGGUGUUGGAUAAUUGUUCAGGGUUGCGAUUUUAAAAUUGUUUUUUUUUUUUUUUGCUUGCAUAGGCUACACCUGUUUACAUGAGUAGGAACUGCCAUGUCGGUUGCCUUAUCUGAGAUACAAUUAAACAGUGUCCUUGCACAA